UGUGGCGGUCAUUGUUUAUGAAGUGAGUAUUUAAGGACUCCUACACAGUCCAAAUCAAUUUGACAUUGGCUACUUCAUCAUGCAACCUUUUACCCAACUUUCAUUUCCAUUUGGCGACCUUCCAAUUGUACCAUACAAGUCUAAAAACCCAUACUCAUUCGCCCUCGCUCUCUGUCUUGUCUCUAAAGAGGUCAGGAAAACGGUGUUGCCCGAAAUUCUUCACACUGUGCUGCUCCCGCAAUUGCGCAACGUGACAGCGUUCGUGGACACCUUACGUAUGCAGCAGGCAUACGCUCAGCAAGACUAUCAAUUCAAAUUUGACUACGCGAAGCAUGUACGCAGGAUGUGGAUGGGACAGUUUCGUGGCUCCCUCUCAGGACUUUCGCUCAACGAAUUCGGACAAAUGCAAUCUGGGCUAGACCUCAGUCCCCUGGCUCCUGUCCUGCUCGCUGCACCGUCCAUCGCAGUCGACUUUGAGAAUCUGGGCCUUCUGUCAGGUUGCCUUUUCCAUGCCUGGAAAUCUCCGGUUCCGUACAGCCCAAAAAUCUUGAUGGUGACGGGUACUGAAUCCAUGACUCGCCAAUGGUCGUCCUUUAUCAAGACCGACCAUGGAGCGGCUUUCCUUGCUUCUAUAUCUAAUGUCAUCUCCAUUACACACACGACAACCGACAGUACUCGGCACCAGUGUGGCAUCUGCCACCGCGAUAGUGCAUCGAAAAUCUACAAGCUGCCUGAGUGGAUGGCGCGGGCUCCACUCAGCAAUCUCCAGACUUUUUCGUUGCCCAUUCCGCAUAGCGCCCACACGCUUGCUGAAUGUGAGCCUACUGGAACGGACAUGAAAGUAGAACUUUUGACGUUCUCUGUUUCCAAGUUGUCGCCGCGCCGACGCACGCUCAAGGAACUAAGGAUAAUUCAGCAAAUGGGGAGUUCUCCGUCCGAUCAUGGUCUUUUGGCGGCGUCCCGUCUUCGAUCAUCCUUUUGUAUCCUUUGUCAAGAUUGGCUGAAAGCUUGGGCCUGUGGAUUAGGAAGCUGACUGGUCAUUGUAUAUGUAUUGCUACCAGUUUCCUAUUAGCGUUGGAUAUCUCAUGACAUAUUAUAUUGGAAUGAUGCUCGCAGGCACUCGUUGCAUGUACGCGCAGCUUUAGGAUCCUCCAUAGUAAAAUUCUCUUGCAGAUAAAAUAUGUGCUGCUGAAUACACAAGAACAAGACACUCACAUCGAUAGGUAUAUUGACAGUGAAUGCGCCAGCAACAAUACGAAGACCCACAAGCAGCGCGUCCCCGACUCUGGCGGCCUUUAAAUUAGUGGAAGAGGGUUCUCUUUACUUUAAAAGCAGCAGUGAUUCGCACACUAGCUCGAGCGUUCAAA